ACACAUACAGUACAUAGAAGAAAGUGUGUUUUUGUUGUUUGUGUCUUGCAGACGUCCAGCAGCUGAUCGGUAAUCCAGAAGAAGUUUCCCCUCAGUUAGGGGGGAGCUCCACUUUGAAGCAGGAGACUCCACAACCACCCUGCAUUAAAAAGGAAGAGGAGGAACUCUGCAUCACUCAGGAGGGAGAGUGUCUUCUAGGACGAGAGGAAGCUGAUUACACCAAGUUUCCACUGAGUAUUCUCUCUGUGAAGACUGAAGAUGAUGAAGAGAAACCACAACUAGACAACCUCUUAACUCCACUAUCACAUAGUGAGGUGAAAGACAAGGUUGAAGAACCUAUGAGUAGGAAAACUGACUGUAAAGAACUUCCCCUUCAGCCUAAGGAGGGCAGCUCCACUUUGAAGCAGGAGGCUUCACAACCACCCUGCAUUAAAAAGGAAGAGGAGGAACUCUGCAUCACUCAGGAGGGAGAGUGUCUUCUAGGACGAGAGGAAGCUGAUUACACCAAGUUUCCACUGAGUAUUCUCUCUGUGAAGACUGAAGAUGAUAAAGAGAAACCACAAGUAGACAACCUCUUAGCUCCACUAUCAGAUAGUGAGGCUGAAGACGAGGUUGAAGAACCUUUGAGCAGCGAUACAGACUGUGAAGGUGAUAUGAGGACUCACACUGACAACAAACACUCUGAAUGCUCUUCACAGAAGAGAGGUAAAACAUAUCUAAGUUGUUCAAUUUGUGGCAAAAGCUUUUCUCGAAAUAUCAAUUUGACUCACCACAUGAGAACACACACAGGUGAAAAACCAUUUAUUUGUUCAGUUUGUGGCAAAAGCUUUUCUGUUAAGAGAAAUUUGACUCAACACAUGAGAACACACACAGGUGAAAAACCAUUUAGUUGUUCAAUUUGUGGCAAAAGCUUUUCUGUUAAGAGAAAUUUGACUCAACACAUGAGAACACACACAGGUGAUAAACCAUUUAGUUGUUCAGUUUGUGGCAAAAGCUUUUCUCAAAAAAGCAUUUUGACUCAACACAUGAGAACACACACAGGUGAGAAACCAUAUAAGUGUUCAGUUUGUGGCAAAAGCUUUUCUGAUCAGAGCCAUUUGACUCGACACAUGAGAACACACACAGGUGAUAAACCAUUUAGUUGUUCAAUUUGUGGCAAAAGCUUUUCUGUUAAGAGAAAUUUUACUCAGCACUUGAGAACACACACAGGUGAUAAACCAUUUAGUUGUUCAGUUUGUGGCAAAAGCUUUUCUCAAAAAAGCAUUUUGACUCAACACAUGAGAACACACACAGGUGAGAAACCAUAUAAGUGUUCAGUUUGUGGCAAACGCUUUUCUGAUAAGAGCCAUUUGACUCGACACAUGAGAACACACUCAAGUGAAAAACCAUUUAGUUGUUCAGUGUGCUGUAAAAGGUUCGCAAAUAAUGCAGUUGCAGUAAAACACAUAAGAACACACAAGGGAAAAUAACCAAUUAGCUGUUUAGUUUGUGGUAAGUUGCUCAUAUGUGGUGACAUCCACCCUACCCAGGACCUCCUCACUGCUUCUUUCACAAAUAUCUGAGGUAUUGCCACUAAUAAACUCAUGUACAAAUUCCAAUCCGUCUUCAGAACUAACCACUCCACUGACACAUGGCUUCUCUAUCUGACCGACCACAUCAAACAUGAGGUGGACGCGGGCAAAUACUGCGGCAUGGUCAUGCUGGACGUUCAGAAGGCCUUUGACACCGUUGGAUAAGCUCAGAGCAAUCGGAUUUAACAAAACCUCUUGGAGCUGGAUGCAAUCUUACUUGGAGGGGAGGGAGCAGGCGGUAGAGGUGAACGGCACCGUGUCCCCCCCCCCUCUCGGUGAGCUGUGGAGUCCCCCAAGGCAGUAUAUUGGGACCUUUACUGUUCCUAAUAUACAUAAACGACAUGUCAUCGGCAUACCUUUUUGAUACCGAAGGACAUGUCAAACUACUUCCUUAACGUAAAUGACCGCCAUAACCACAACACCAGGGGGUGCUCCACUAACCACGUUAAACCCAGAUUCCGAACUAACAAAGGUCUUAACUCAUUCUCUUUCUAUGCCACAUCAAUGUGGAAUGCGCUCCCAACAGGUAUAAAAGAAAGGGCAUCUCUAUCCUCCUUCAAAACCGCAAUAAAAGUUCACCUCCAGGCAGCUCCAACCCUAAACUAACACCCUCCCCGGAUUGCUAAUAAUCAAAUGCAGAUACUUUUUCUUUUUCUUAUGCCUUCUGAUCCCUCUCUCUCUCUCUCUCUCUCUCUCUCUCUCUCUCUCUCUCUCUCUCUCUCUCUCUAUGUCCACAUCCCCCCCCCUAUCCCCCCCUCCACACCCCUGAUUGUAAAUAAUGUAAAUAAUUAAAUGUGAUUAUCUUGUGUGAUGACUGUAUUAUGAUGAUAGUAUAUAUGAUAGUAUAUAUCUGUAUCAUGAAUCAAUUUAAGUGGACCCCGACUUAAACAAGUUGAAAAACUUAUUCGGGUGUUACCAUUUAGUGGUCAAUUGUACGGAAUAUGUACUUCACUGUGCAACCUACUAAUAAAAGAAUCAAUCAAUUCAUACAAAUUUGGAUUAUUUGGAGAAUAAUCUUAUCUAUUCAUGACCCCAUGUCUUCUCUGUAUCUGAAACCACUUGAAGCGAGAUGAGUUUGCAAAGUGUAAAAUUCAGCUGCAUUUUUAAUGAAAGAAACUGCUGUUCUAAUUGUGUCCACUGGAUGUCGCAAUAGCAAUUCUGUUAGACAAGCAAAUAGAUUAUACCGGGGCGAGCAAGUAUACCAAGCAAGAGGUACACGGUAAAGCGGGAAUGUGACUCCUCCCCCUCCACCCAACGUAAAACAAGAGUAAAAUAAGCAAUCAGUAACCCCACUUAAAAUGCAGCAUGAGACACUGCACACUGAUAUAGUUCUGUGAAAAUGAUUGUCUUCUGUGCAAAUGUAAAGAAAGUGAACAGUGUGUGAUUUACUGCAAUACUGUCAGUCUUUUAACUUUUUAUUUGUGCUUUGUUGAAAUUGUUCACACAUUGCAAUGCUUUUAUUUUUCUAUCAAUACACAUUAUGUCUAGAAGACAGGAAGUAACUCAACACUCUUGAAUAGUUUCUACCUCAGUUUGUAUGGUUUGUUGAGUUAGCACAGGAUUAAUAUGUGGAAAUGAUAAAUGAGGUAGUUGAUACAUAGAAUAGUUUUUAUUCAUGCUUUAUUUUGUUUUUGUUCAAUCCUAGAUGGGUUGUGACUUAAAGUUGAAUUGCUUUGUAGAAAC